AUGGCUGGCUACAAAUCCUCCCGUCGUGACUCGGAUCCCUUUGAUGAUCCAUCGAUCCAAAGCGCUGUGAAAGGCGGCGACUAUGACGAUCUCGAAUCCAAUCCGUUCGAGACCACAUCGCUGCGUCAUGGCGAGCCAGGCUAUGCGGGCGCCUUGGAGUUCGAGGACGACCAGGAUGAGAUCUACCCCACCAGCACGCAUGGCACAGCCCCUGCCCAUGCGAUGCGGAUGGAGGACUUGCAGCGUCGGGAGCGUGAGCUGGAAGAACGUGAGCGUGAACUCGAUGCUCGAACGGAGCACAUGCGCAAGUUUGGCCGUAACAACUGGCCACCGUUUUACCCUAUUGUGUACCAUGAUAUCUCCAGCGAGAUCCCACCAGACUCGCAGCAUGUUAUGAUGAACGUGUACAGACUCUGGCUCCUCCUCGUCGCUACCCUGAUCUGGAACUUUGUGACAUGUCUACUCAUUCUGUUUGCCGUACAGCAUCUCAGUGACUUGAUCAACAGUGUCGUGUACCUUGUCGUCGUCACGGCCGCGAGUUUCUUCUUGUGGUACCGUCCCCUCUACUUCGGUCUCAUGAAGGAGCACUCUCUUUUCUACUACGUCUACUUUUUGUUCUGCGGUUGCCACCUGCUUUUCUCGGCCUACGCGUUCAUCGGGCCCGUCUAUGCUGGCUGUGCAGGUGUGUUGACAACGAUGAGCUUGUUCAACUCCAGUCACUGGAUUGCUGGCGCGUUUGGCGUAGUAUCGACAGUCGGCUUUGCCCUCCAGGGUCUUGGCCAACUCUGGUACUACCGCAUCAUUUGGCGUCACAACCAUGAACAAGGCCAUUCGUUUGCCCAGGCGCAGGCCGAACUUGCGUCGCACGGAAUGCGCGCUUACUUUUUGAAUAGUGCACGGAUGUAA